AUGGAGACCUCGAUGGCUUCCGAGGAUACGAGGGCCGGAGGCCGCUCACGUCGUGUCUCACAACCGCCGGCAUACCUGCGUUCGUCAUACCAGUUGACGAUGCCGCGAGGUCGGCUGUCGAACGGGAAACGUGGGGCGACCGUUCCCAAGCGCCUGAGCUUGUCCAAUAAGGGAAAGGAGGUGACACAUUCAGAGCAAGAUGACGGCACGGGUGCAGAGAGUGCAGAUUCGUCGGAGCGCAGUGAGGAAGAGGACGAGGAAAGCAAAGACACAUCUGCGUCAGGAUCACACGAGGAAUCCGCCGACCUGGGUGCUGGAGGGAAGACGAACGACGAUGGAUGUGCGGGAAUAUCCGCGGCCAAUGCUGACAUGCGCACACAUCAAGAUGCGCGGGACACGGAUGUGGCUCGAGGCGACGGCCGAGGACAGGCGGACGGACUUGUUGGCCGCACACGCGUGAACACCUUGGACGCCAACGGCGAUGACGUGCGCAUCCCUAGCCGGAUCCUCGAGCAACUCAUACAGGCGCAGGACAAGAGCGCAAAGGAGAACGCGCGGUUGGAGGCGCUGUUCUUGAAUGCGAUGUCUCGGCCUUCCGGUGGCUCUCGUAAGCGUAAGGCUCAGAAGCAGAGAGACCCGGGGCAGGGUUGUAUGAACCCGAAGCGUCAGCGUGGUGAGACGUGGAGUGGCGGGUCCGACGGCGACGGCGAGGAUGACGAUGACGACACGCAUGGUUCUGGUGGCCGUCAUAUGCGUACCGCCAAGUCUCCUAUUCUACAACGCGCGUUGGAGCAUUUGCCGACGGACAAGGCAUGGAAGAGGGUUUGCGAGCUGGCCAGGGUGCACAUGUUUCUCAACAGGCCGACGUCGACGAUGACCUUCUACCCGAGCAGCGACGAUAAGACUCACGGAGUGUGUGCGGUGCUGGACCGCCUGCCGCAUAGCUUCGCCUGUUUGGCGUUGGCGGCUGACAAGUCGCGUCGCGCGAAUCUCAACAAGACGCUCUCUGAGUGGAAGACAAGGGCUGCCGCACGCGUGCGAGACAUUGCACUUCCCAAGCUCGGAUUGUUCCGCGACGACUCGGAUUGUUCCGCGACGACAGGGACGCAUGCAGCCCAUGGGCGCCCGAGAAGGCACGCAGUAUCGAUAAGAUCAGGGAGCGCAUUGGUCUUGGCGCUGACCCCCCUGGUGAGUGCAUUCUACCACAGCAGAGAGGGUUACCUACGUACGGUUAUGCUGACCACCCCGUGGUUGGCGGCCGCUGACACAGACAGUGCGCAUGUGGUGUGCAGAAACCCUGGUGCUCACGAGCUGGGCAAACGACCGCGAUGGCAUGACGUUUGCCUCCCGGGCAUUCGCGACAUGUGCGAAGGCUGCAUUCAGGCCCAAGAAGGCCGGGCUGGUGAUGACACUGAAGGUGUACCACCUGGCCUGGUUGGAGCAUGUGGUGAGUCUGUCUCCGACUGCGUCCUCUACUGGGAGGAGAGGAAAGGCCGGCUUUCCAACUCGGCCGGCGGCAACGCACACGUCGUGGACGGCCUCAAAGUCCUGGUGAAGGAGGCCGUGGAGAGGGCGAUCAGGAUCCGCAACCCGGAGUAUGACGCGGAGCGAGAGGCGUGGAUCUGGGGGCGCCAUGGACUGCGCAUCUCUGCGUGCGGCCUGGAGCACAUGAAGCCCACCGCCGCAGCUCAGUCCGAAGAGCCUGCGGGGGACGACGACCUCUCGGCGUCAGUUGGUGAUGAGUUUUCGCCCAACGCGAAUCCUGGGAUCGACGCGACGAUCUCGACAAUCGCUCACGAGAUUGCGGAAGCUGCAACGGAUCCCGACGCGUCUACCGGCUGGCUCGAUACGGAUAAGGAGGAAAACGCCGAUAAGUGCAGCUACACUUACAGAAAGACGAAAUCGGUUCGCAACAAGAAGGGCAAGAACGCGAAGUACAACCUCGUCGGGCUCCACAAUAUGAAGUUUAUGGUGCAGCAGAUUUGGGACUUCGGGACGGACUCGUGCGUAUCGCAGGCGCCCGAAUAG